AAAGUUUCAAAUUGACGUGAAAUUGUGUUAGUAUUUCCAGUUUUUGCUACUGUGAUAUGAUAAAUCAACAGCAUUUCUGAGGAAUGACAUGAUGCACAUUGCUCAUUCCAUCGAAUCGUAAAACUAAAUUUAAAACAUAAAAAGUGGAUUAAAAUGUUGAUGUCGACUAAUUGUCAGCAUUGACUUAGACGAUUAUAUUGAAACCAUCGUAGAUUUCAUUUUAAAGAAAAAAGCGCAAGUUUCUAAUUAUCGAAUCCAAUAACUUUUUGCAGCGGCUACACACAAAUUAUCCUGUAAUCUCUAUUAAACGAGGUGAGUGUGUAUCUGUGUGCCAUAAAAACACACCGCAUUUGUCUGUCUCCAUGCAUGUGUUUGUUUUAUGAGUUACAAAACCAUGUCUUUCUGUUUUGGCGAGGUCUUUUUCUUGCAUACGUGCUAAUGGCAGCAUGCCAGGCAGGAACAUGUCGAGGACGAGACGUGGAGCCAGACAGAGAUCUCUGUGCAGGUGUUUGCUGGCUUUAUAAGGAGGGGUUGAUAUUUUUGUGAACUCCUGGCAAUGUUGGUCCUCAUGCACGUCUAACCACGUACUGUAAUCUCCUCCCUGAUUUCUUCUCCUCCUCCUCUGCUUCUCGCUGCUGACUAAGAGGGAAUUUAAGAGGGCAGCUGGAGGUGAGCCCGCAGGUACACAGUGAGCAUCUGAACAGAUCGGAUCAGGACCAUGCAGGCUCUUUUGGUGUUCUGUGUAUGCUUAGGGGCUUUAGUGGCUAAAGGAGAAGCCUUCAAUGUACUGGAUUCGCUGAUUAAACUGGCUGGUGUUUCAAACUCGCAGCAUCAACUGGUGGAUUCUUCUUCAGCAUCAGGUGAACAGAGAACCAAUCAAGCAGAAAGAACAAAGCAACAGAGCGACGCUGCCUCAGACACACAGUCUGUUCUGGGCCGAACUGAGGGUGUGUGGGUGGAGCUGAACGCCGUGCUGGAGAGAUGGGGCGGUGCUGCGGGGAAACUAAACACAAUCCUGAGGGAACUCAAAGACGAGAAAAAACGCCUUCUGGACCAAGGAGAAGAGCAAAAAGCCAAGAAAAAGGAAGAAGAGGAUGAUGAUGAUGAAGAAGAAGAAGAGGAUGAGGAGGAGGAGGAAGAAGAGGAGGAGGAGGAAGAAGAAGGAGAGGAGGGAAAGGAAGAAGAGGAAGCAGAAGAAGAGGAGAAUGAAGCAUCUAACAGCACUCUAACAGACUCAUUACCAGAAGGCUGCCAACUGGCAGAAUCUCGAUUGUCCUGCAUGCAGAUUGGCCUGUCCGAACUGCCCGUCAUCACAAAUCUGGAAGUCACCAUACUUGAGCUGCCUGGGAAUAACUUAACAAGCAUUCCUCCCAGUGGUUUUUCCGGACUGCCAAAUCUUGAAGAGCUUGACCUAAGUAUGAACAGGCUGGACGACUCCUCUUUAGACUCGGCUCUCUUUAUGAAUCUGACAAAGCUGAAAAGACUGAAACUUGAUGGCAAUGAUCUUACAAUAAUUCCAAACUUGCCCACUUCUGUGGAGGAUCUAAAGAUAAACAACAAUAAAAUAACCCAUCUGGCUUCACAUGUCUUUAAAGGGUUUAGUAACCUACAAGUGUUGGAACUGGCAGGAAACAUUCUCUACGAGGGCAGCAUUGCACCCUGGGCCUUCAAACCUCUGAAGGCACUCAAGUAUUUACGACUGGAUAAAAACAGAUUCAGCUCCAUUCCAGCAGGAUUGCCCCCAUCUAUAGAGGAACUGAGGUUGCAGGAAAAUCAAAUAGUAGAGAUCCAGGACAGGCUUUUGGACAAGUGUGUCCACCUGAAGGUGUUGGAUCUCAGUCACAAUCUAUUGAAAGAGAACAGCAUCUACCCAGAGGCUUGGAUCAAACAGCCGAAGCUGGAAUCUCUUGACCUGUCAUAUAACCAGAUGGCAGUGGUGCCCACAGAUCUGCCCAGGGCCUUGCUCUAUCUCUCUUUGCAGCACAACCACAUUCAUUCCAUUCCUCCAUACUCACUGAGUCACCUCCGCCCAGGCUUACAGACUCUACGCCUUUCACACAACCUGUUAGAGGAGCACACUGUACAAGGGAAGUCUUUUCGUGGAGUAUAUCAAAGUCUGGUUGAGUUACACUUGGACAACAACCGGUUUGAGAGGGUUCCCCUCAACAUGCGCCACUUCAAGAAACUCCAGCUGCUGCAUCUAGACCACAACCGGAUAAGCUCUGUCCCCUCAAAGUCGCUUUGUAAGGUUAAAAGGACGGAGGACUCUCCCCUGUCAACUGUCCAUUUAGAGUACAACUACAUCAAUGUGAAGAAAAUCCACCGUGCUGCUUUCUCCUGCAUUCAAGACCAGAGCAAGAUCAUCCUGGAGCCCCAGAACCAAAGCCAGGGCUACUAAACUACAGAAAUGUCACCUUGUCACUUCACAGCCUCCCUGUCAAACACUCUCAGACUUCAGAGUACUGUAAACGCCAUGUUCAUUAGAUAGAUCCAUUAAUAAUGUCAUGGUUGCUCUUUAAAUGCUCAUUUGGCUGUUAAGCAGCUUGUAGCACACUAAAUUUUGUUUCUUUUUGUUUGUAAUAACCAUUCAGACUACAUAAUGCCUUUCUUUCACAUUAUUCAAUUAGAAUUUGGUGCAUAUGUGGUUUUUUCAUAUUUAUAAUUUUAAUUGCAUUAUUUUACCUCUGCAUUAUCUGAUGUUGCAUUAAAACAGAUGUCUGUAAAAU